AUGGAUGAGCGACACUGGUGGAUAGCAGAAAAGGUUCAGGAGACAUUAAAUCUCAGAGAAGGAGAAGAUGCAUCUGCUGCACUGGAGUCAUUUUUCCUACAAGCUGAAAACCUUCACCUUAUCAACAGUUUUCUCCAAGCUGACGGAUGUCACGCGCUAUUUUUCUUUGUCGAUGUUAAAGACAAAGCUAGCCCAAGAUGGAAGCUGCACCUUAAGUCAGACCUUCAAAGUUUGGAAGAUGUGAUGGGAUGCACGCCUUUCCCCCCUCUCCUUUACUUCCUACGUUCAGAGACAACUCAUGACGUAGAGGCUACCUUGAUGGAGAGGGAAAUCUUCUGUGGAGAAAUAAAAGAAAACCCUGUGGAGAGUCUAAAAUCACUCCUAAAUGAACUGUGUAUUCCUAUGCUCCGGGCUCAGAAACACUGGGGUUCUUACAGCCAGGAGAACGUCGCUUCUUUUCUGUCUGGUGUGGAAAAGUAUGUUGUAGCAAUUGAAGAUGCUACUAACACAGCCAACUGUGAAAAGCAGCAGAUAACACUUUUGAGAAGACCACAUAUCAUUUUAGCGCCUGAGCUUCUACAGCAAAGACCUGCGGUUUUGGAUUCGGAGCUUGUUGAAGAAUCUGAAACACUGGUUUGCCAUUGGAUAAAAACAAUUGACCAGAUAUUGAUGGAAGCUGUAGAUGAAAGGGUGCUAGAUAUUACAUCCUCUCCUCUAACUGAGUUAGAGCGCUGGCGUCGAAGACAGAAAACAUUGGGAUUUAUAACAGACCAACUGCGGGGAAAAGAAUGUAAAACUGUUAUUGGUUUGUUGAUCUCCGCUAAAUCACGUCUGAUGAAAAAAUGGAAGGCUGUGGAUAUCAGUAUUACAGAUGCAACAAAUGCUGCCAAAGAUCGAGUUAAGUACCUGGAAGCACUCUAUCGCCAUCUGGAAGCUCUAGCUAAUGAACACGAUCCAUUGAUGCUCAUUAAUAGUGUUCUUCCGGCCCUUUUCAAUGGCAUUCAGCAAAUGGAAAUUAUGUCACGCUUCUUCUCAAGAAACGGGUAUCUGGGCCUACUGCUCACAAAGGUGUGUAAUCAGCUGGCUCAAAAUUGUCGGGCAUUUUUGCGUCAAAGCCUUUUGGUGGAGACAGAAGAUAAGCUGUGGGACAGAGUAAGACAGCACAUGUCAGCCACUGAAGUGGAGCAUGUGUUGGUCAGUUUUGAAGAGGAGAAGAACCAUAAUAAAGAAAAAGGCCAAGAGCUAAAAAGCAGCAGUAUUUUAUAUGAACAGAUCCAGGCAUGCAUGGCAGUACACACUUAUUUUCAGGAUGCGUUGCAUCAUUUGCGUGAAUGGCUGCUGGGAUCACAUGGAAUGCACCGAUAUUCAUCUUCAAGUGACAUUUCAACACAGCCAGGGAGAGUUUCCUCUAUACAGACAAUGAAGACUAACAAGACCAAUGUCAAGAAGCCACAAUCAGUGACAUCUAGCUACGAUCAACAGCAUGAUUAUCAAAGUACAGGCGUGGCUAUAACCGAUGAUGACAUAAUAAUGAACCACUUGGAUGUGCUUUGUGGAAAUCUGAAACAAAUACUUGACAUCAUGGAGAAGUUACAAGAGUUCAAAAUAUUAUCUAAGCAGACAGAAGGUCUGAGAAAGCCUUCUCGCGAAGAUCUUCUUGAAGAUGAUGAGAGUGAAUCAGGAAGUAUUUGUGAUAUCCCACUCCAUGAAGAACCUAAGGAAACAGAAGGUGGGAAUGAACAAACACAAACAGUCAGACUGAAUGUGAGCUCUCCAGGAAAACUCCAUACUCUGAUUGAAGAAGACGAGGCUCUGGCGCCCCCAGCUUAUUCAUCAACAGAACCAGGGACACAUGGGGAUAUUUUUAAGUCAAACCAUGAACUAUCUAGUUUCCAAAGUGAGGUUCAAAUACUGGAAAGAGAAGAAGAUGUGGAAUUAAGGCUUUCUAAUGAUGAAAAGCGCAUGCUCGCUAAUUUGUACAGUGGGGAAGAUAUGGAAGAUGAUGACAUGACCUUGUCAUCUGUUUUGGUGGACAAAGUAGAGCAAAUGAUUGAUAUGCUGAGACAGUAUAUAGACACCGAUGUGCUGUUAGACACUGAAAAAAGGGAUAAUAACCCAUGUGAAGAGGGUUAUUCGGAAUUUCUGGUGCUGAACCAGCAGACAGAGAAAUACAUUUCAGUGUACAUCCAGGCUUUGUUUCUGAGAAAGAUGCCUACCAAAGAAGCCCUCUCCAUUCUUCAAAGGUUUUCAGCUGUAAGUCAUCGACAAGGCAUAAAGCACAUUAUCAAUGAGUGUUACUUGGAGGUCUUUGAUUGGUUCUAUGAGGAACUCAAGGAAGUUCGCCAAGUGUAUGAAACAUUUAAGGACGAUCCAGUGCUUCCAAGAAACAUGCCACCUGCAGUGGGAGCAAUCAUCUGGUCACGGAAGUUGCUGGCAAAAAUUGAAACAAUAAUGAAGGUUUUCAAAAAUAUCCACAUUGUGACCAUGUGUCUGACAUACUCGCAAACAGUGAAGCUGUACAAUCGGAUAGCCUCAGUCUUGAUGACUUAUGAGGACUUGUGGUAUCAAAAGUGGAAGGCGCAGCUAGACAAAAGUCUGAGUGGCCUUAGUUUUAGAUUACUAUUUCGAGACCCUGUUACUCAGCAAUUGAAAGUUAACAGCGACUGGAGAAUAAUCCACCUGAUUGAAGAGACUAAGUGGAUGACUAGGCUUGGAAUCCAGGUUCCAGAAGCUGCUGUAGUAGCCUUUAAUCAGGCACAAAAGUUUAAGAUGUACAAGAGUAAUUUGCAGGACAUAGUUCAGGACUAUGAAAUGCUUCAAAGGAAGAUCCCACCAAGCUUUGGUGCACUGUUCAACUUCCAUAUAGAGAAAGUAAACCACUGCUUCCAGCCUGGACUGUCAACUCUUUCAUGGAGUAGUGUCAACAUAGAAGGCCUUCUUCACCAAGCAACUACUGCCGUGAAACGAUUGCAAGCCAUUGUUGAUAAAGUCACAGAAAUUAAGACACAUGUGAUUGAAGAAACCCUUGAAGAGAUAUGUUAUUGCAAUAUUUUUCCUGUGGAUGAGCUCACCAGAGCGGCACCAAUGAGCACUAAGGAAUUUGUCCAGUUGGUGAAAUGUUCUGUACUAGAGAAGAGAGCUGCAUUGGAAGAGAAGACAUCUAUUAUUCAAAGAGCGUUUUCUGAAAUCAUUAUAGCAUUACAAAGUUCCACGGACACUGCCCAAGAAAACAUGACUUCCACUACUUCAAAGAACGCUAAGUUAACAUCUAAUUCUUGGGUGCCAAAAUCAUCACGUAAAACACAACCAGUAACCGCAUCCUCCGAAAUCCCUAGAAAUGGAUACUCAGAGGAAAUUACUAACCAAGUGCUCGAAGCGCUCAACGAUCAACUGCACCAGGCUGUAUAUACCUGUACCUGCCGUUCUUUAAUCUACUUGGCCCAGCUCGCAGGAUGUGACAUGGAAAGAAUGACGAAUGAAUUAAUGAUGUCAUUUAAUGAAAUGAAGCAAGUUAACAAAGAUUCUUCUGGGUUCCUGGGACAGACAUAUUUAGCUAAAGUGCAUUCUAUGAAAGGUUUUGUUUCAAACACGGAGAGAGAACAAUUAAGGCUUAAGCUCACGCUGAAGUUUAAAAUUCCACAUAUCGCAAUUGACCCACCAAUAGAAACAGUACAAGAUGCUCUCGAUCAAGCUGUCCUUUCCGUUUUCAGUAUCGGUGACUCUUUCAGCUGGUGGUCUGGAGAGAAAAAGGGUCAAUCAUUCUAUACGUCCAUAACUGAGGAUGGCCUACUAAGACAUAUUGUAAAUAAUAUUUUCAAAGUGACAAGUGACAUAAAGCCUACCAUUAUAAAGCAAGUUUCCAGUUUGAGCUAUUAUGACUUUUUGUGGACAGACAACAUGCAUAGACAAUGUGAAGAAUUUAUAGACAGCAAUCCUGGACUUCCUCUUAUUCAAAAGGAAGUGAAACGGUUUUUGGACAUUGAGCAAAAAAUCAUUGAUUGUCCCGAGGUGUUGCAAUUAGGCUGCAUUUGCCUUGACUACUCACUUAUAAAAGAAACACUAAAAGGAUUUACAGGAAGCUGGAAGUCUCAUUACUCAACAUUUUUACACCAGCAAGUUAAGCAAAGUCUUCUAAGUGUAGUGGAAUAUCGAGAGACAGUACGGCAGCAGCUUACAGUGCCUGUCCAGAGCCUGGAACAGUUAAAUGCUUGUGUAACUUUGCUAGAAGAAGUACAAGACAUGGAAAAUAAAAUUGAUGAUGUGUACCAGCCAAUAGAAAUAAUGUAUGAACAACUCAGGUCUUUCCAGUUGAGGAUCCCCAGAGAGGAAGUGACCGAGGUUGAGGCUCUGAGGUACAAAUGGACAGAGUUGUUGAAUCUCACUUAUGUUGUUAAAGAAAUGUUGCUAAAGGAGAAGGAAGACAUCUUUAGGCAAGAACUCGACAAACAAGUAAAAAGCUUUGUUGUAGAAGUCAUCCAGUUUAGAAACAAUUUCGAUACUCAAGGUCCUGCUGCGCCUGGCGUGAAACCGGAGGAAGCUGUUGAACGGUUGCAUAGCUUUAAGGAGAAAUAUGAGAUUUAUAAUGCCAAGAGGGAGACUCUGAACGCGGUGCAAAAACUAUUCAAUAUUGUUCCAAAGCCAUUUCCUGAACUAGACAGGACAGGGAAGGAUUUGCAGCUGCUGGGAACCCUUUACGUCCUCUUCCAGAAAUUCAUUGAUUUUGAUCAGAAAUUUCAAAACACCCUUUGGGCAGAAGUAGACCUGACACUAAGCAAUAAGGAGGUUGAACAGUAUUGGUCCGAAUGCCUGAUCUGGAACGACAAACUAAAGGAUUGGGAUGCAUAUAAUGAAAUGGCACGAGAGGUUAAGUUUUACGUAGACAUCUUUCCACUUCUGCACGCAUUGAAGUCCAAGGAAAUUCGGAAUCGCCACUGGCUUCAGGUUAUGUCUGUCACGGGAAGCUCUUUCCCUCUAGAAGCAAAUGUCUUCAAAAUCUCUCACAUACUCGACAUUGGAUUAUUGAAAUUUAAAGAUCAACUAAUAUCCAUAGCAAAAGCUGCAAAGAAGGAGAUGGAUUUUGAAAUCAAAAUGAGAAAGGUUGAAGAAGAAUGGAGUGAGCAGGUCCUCAGCUUUACCCCUUACAGAAACAAGGGGUUGGUGCUUCUGGUAAAAGAGGAUUCCCUAAAGUUGCUUGAGGAGUUAGAAGAUGCUCAGAUUCUUCUCGCACAAAUGUUGACUUCAAAAGAGAUAGACCCAUUAAGAGAGGAAGCAACAACGUGGGCAGAAAAACUGAAGCGUGUGAGCGAGGUGCUGGAGCUAUGGAUGGAUGUGCAGGAGCUGUGGCAAAAUUUGGAGGACAUCUUUAGUAAUCCCACCAUUAUAAAGGAACUACCUAGGGAGGCAAGGCGAUUCGCAAAAGUGAACAGGAGUUGGAUUUUGAUGAUGCGUUCUACAUACAAAACAAAGAAUGUUUUGCAGUGUUGCUGCACUGGAGAUGUCCCGAAGGAGGUCCUCCUGAGACGUUUCUACCAGGAAAUGGAAAUCUGUUUUAGUUCACUUAAUUCUUACCUUGGCAGGAUGAGACAGGCCUUUUCCCGUUUCUAUUUCUUGUCCGACUCAGCACUUUUAUCUGUGCUCAGCCAUCCUUGUGAUAUCAAAUAUCUCCAGAACCAUUUCAGGUCACUCUUCGGGGGUGUUUUGUCUAUUGAUGUGGAGACAGUAGAGGAGGAGGAGAGUACAGAGUCUGAAGAAGAACCUGCUGAAACGUCUCUUCCCACCCUUGAUUUCCUAAGUGUCCGAUCCGGUAAUGAAGGAUGGCUGUCAGUAGGACAGCGGAGCACCACUCACAUAACAGACAGUGAAAGUGUGUUUCAAAGAUCUCUUAAAUCUGCAGGCGUUUCUCAUGAAAGAAAUCAGCCCAUUCCACACAAAGAGCCUAAAAAGAGAGUGAAUGCGGUAGCUGUCAGAGGGCAUGCAGGGGAAAUGUUACAGUUAGAAGAACAGGUUGCCAUUGCUCCUGGACUAGGCGUUUGGCUCAGUAAGCUUCAAGAAAUUAUACGUAAGUCACUCGACACUAGAAUCUAUGAAGUGGUUCAAGAAGUUAAUCAAGGAAUGACUGUCUAUGAAUGGACACAAAAGUACCCAACUCAGGUCUGUGUCCUUGGUUUGCUUUACCUGUGGACAAAGGACUGUGAAACAUCUAUUUGUGAGAUGAAGCAGGACCGCAAGGCUCAGUUCCGUGCCCUCAAAAAAUAUUCAGGGUUUGUCACUAAACUGUCCUCGGUGGUAUCCAAAGGGCACUGGAAGAACACAGAGGAGCCCGUCUCCGAGUGUCAAAGACUGAAACUGGAAAAUAUGAUAAUGCAAAUCCUAUACCUUCGUGAUGUUAUGGAUACCGUUAUGUCCCAAAAAAAUAUUGAGAUCUCUGAUUUUGAAUGGAAGAGGGCCAUACGAUUUUAUAUGAGAGAAAAUGAUGGCAUGCUCGGACAUGAGAUAAACAUACUUGAUGGUCAUUAUGUUUACGGGUGUGAGUUCUAUGGAGCACAGAAUCCUUUCAUCAUGAAUCCCAUAUCUGAAAAAUGCUUCCUUAAAAUGUCACAGAUGCUGCAGCAGUUUAGUGGUGUGGUCCUACAAGGAGAUCAAGGGGUUGGAAAAACAGAAACUGUAAAGGGCUUGUCUUAUUUGUUGGGAAAAUUCCUUUUUCUGUUCACGUGUUCCCAAACAUCAGAUGUAUGUGCUAUUAGAAGGGUGCUGAAUGGAACCGCUCUUGAUGGAUGCUGGAGCUGCUUUGACGAUUUUCAUCUACUGCCUAAGAAUGCAAUUUCCAUUUUCAUGCAUGGCGCAAAUGCUAUUUAUGAUUCCAUGAAAUCAAAACUCUCUACAAUCAGUUUACAGGAUGGCCUUAAGAUUGUGGCAGAUCCAAACUGCAGCCUGUUCCUCACUGUGUCUCAAAGGUCUGGGUGUCAUAAUCUACCAAACGAUGUUCGGGCUGUCUUCAGAGCCAUCUCUUUGGUUGUACCAGACCAUACUGUCCUCCUCAAGGCCAGACUGACCAGUCUUGGUUUCAAGAAGCCCAACGUCCUUGCUACCAGACUUCAGCUUGUAUCAGAGCUCCUCAGGGAACAGCUGUAAGUAUAGUUCGCACACAAUUGCCUAUAUCAUUUUGGCUUUCAAUCCAUGACUGAAGUCAUAUCCAGAGCUUGUCAGAGACGGGAGGCAGAUAAGUGCAUAAAUGGUCAGCAGAGUCGCUGGGAUCUCGAAGGAGGAAGAAUGUCUCGUUCUAGUAGCGUCACAUCUUAUCAACAAACUGGAGCAUAUGCAUCAAGUCCAUCACCCAGCUUAAAAAAUAGCAAUAGCUCUGGGAGAAACAAGAAGUCCACAUCAUCAAACCCAGCUCUUAUGGCGGCAAAGGAAAGCAAUGUGCUAAUCGCUGACGCAUUGCAAGAUAUAGUAGGCCCCCGAAUGACUGGCCAUAGUAAUUUGGUGUUCAAGCACAUUGUUGAGGAUGUGUUUAUGGGAAUGUAUGACACAUCUGGCGCCCGACAGAUGUCGCAAAAAGAGCUGGAAAGAGCUAUCGUGUUGAAAGCAGAGGAAAACAAAUUAUUUCCUCAUUCUCCAUGGCUGAGCAAAGUGAAACAGCUUUUCAACCUAUCACUUGUCAACCCUGGUAUCAUUGUAGCAGGACCCCCAGCUUCGGGAAAAAGUUCAUGCAUCAGGGCACUGGUGCAAGCUCUUAAUCAUCUCCAAGUCUCUACGGAGGAGCCUGCGCAUAAACUUGUCAAAAUCAACCCUCUGAGCGUGGACAGUGACACGUUGAUGUUUGGUGUUCAGAAUCAGUCGCUUGUUUGGCAGGAUGGGAUUAUCACAUAUAUUUGGAAGAAGGCCAUGCGGAAUCAAAGCAAAACAUGGAUCUGGUUUGAUGGGCACCUUUGUUCCAGUUGGGCUGACAAUUUCAACAAUGUUCUGGGACCAGAAAAAGUUCUGCAACUAAGCAACGGGGAUUGUCUGAAAGUCCUGGAAAAUAUGAAACUGGUCUUCGAAACAACUGAUUUACACCUGGCAUCACCUGCCACCCUUACAAAAGCUGGAAUACUGUACAUAGAAAGUGAUGCUCUUGGCUGGGGACCUCUGUCCAAGGUGUGGCUGGAGGGAAGGAACCAACAAGAAAAGGCUGUUCUUUCAAAAGCCUUCUACAAAACUCUGGAUCCCAUCUUCAAUCUUAUUCUUCGUGAGACCAAGCCACUGGUUCCAGUAACAGAAGUUGGUCUGUUUCACACUUGCACAAACCUGUUGACCGUCAUGUUGAAUGACAAAGCUCAGAGCAUUGGUGGACAACUUCAUAUCGAGAGACUUUUCAUCUUCUGCCUCAUCUGGUCAGUAGGAGCCCUCAUUGAAAACUCAGAAAGGAAGAAGUUCAGUGAUCUACUGAAAGUCUAUACCUCUGUUUUACCAGAUGACGACCAGGAGAUUUCAGUCUUCGACUAUUACCUGGAUGAAUCUGGAGAGUGGGACACUUGGCAGUCACGUUUACCAGAAAUGACAUACAUUGGGAGCACAGACCUUAUGGGAGAGGUGUUUGUUGAGACACAAGAUACAAUGAUAGUUCGCACUUUCCUAGAAUACGCUAACAUGGGAUCGCAGCAUAUCUUACUGACAGGGCCUCAAGGGUGUGGAAAGACAGCUCUAAUGAACGACUUCAUCUUAACACAAGACAGAGUACGCACAAUACAGAAAAGAAUGGUGUUUUCUGGGUCUUCAAAAGCCAGAGAACUUCAGGAAUUGUUAGAGCAAAAUAUAGUUCACAGACAAGGUUUCAUCUAUGGUGCAAAAGAUGGAAAAACACUCAACUUGUUCAUUGAUGAUCUCAACCUUCCUACCCAGGAUGAGAAUGGGGUGCAGCGUUGUAAUGAGCUGUUAAGAAUGCUUCUGGAUGAUAAAGUUCUCCUGACAAUGAAUAAACCUUUCGAGUGGCGAUCGCUGGAAUCACUUGUAGUAAAGGCAGCAAUGGCUUUUCCGUUACAUACCAACAGCACAGACAGAACAUUCUUGCAAAGGCUAUUGCGCCAUUUCUCCAUAUUCCCACUUCCACAAUUAGAAGGCUCCCGACUCCAGCAAGUAAUUUUCUCCAUACUGGAGGCGAACAUGGGUGAGAAAGAGGGACUUCAAUUACAAGAAGAGUUGCAUCUGUCUCUGGUCAGAGCUUCGUGUCACAUUUUGGAAUCUAUUAAAAAAGCAUUGGUUCAAUCUCCAACUCCAGGGCGACAACACUAUGUGUUUUCACUAAGAGAAAUCAGCAAAAUCUUUCAGUCACUCCGUAAGAUGUCCAAUGAAGAUCGGGAGGACCGCACUACCGUUGUAUCAUAUUGGCUACAUGAAAUGAAUUGUGUUAUUAAGGACAAACUGUGUCGCCGCAUUGACCUGAACUGGUUUAAUUCUGUAAAGGAAAGCACACUAAGAGAGUAUUUUUCAGAUAUCUCCGCAUCUUCUCUCCAAAAGAUGUUUAUAACAUUUCCUUUGGAAAUGAAGUUUUCUCAUCAAGCCAGCCAAGAGAACAAAGGCGUCAAGGUCCAGCUGCAGUCAGUUAGUAAGCUAGAUGACGUGAGAACCUACCUGCAGACCAUAGUGCAACAUUAUAAUGAGGAGCUGGGAAACCAAAAGAUCCACAUUGAGCUAUCAGCGAAUGUUGUGAUGCAAAUAAUUCGUAUUCACAGAGUAUUAUCCUGUGAGCAUGGGGGUAACGUUCUCUUGGUGGGAUCAGUAGGCUCUCGGCUACCAACCCUAAUGAAGCUUGCGCUCUAUGUUGCCAACAUACCUCUCCAUGCUUUGGACACAUCUGGACAAAGUCAAUUCAUCAACAGUUUAAAAUUAGCCAUCCAGAUGUCGGCAGUAGAAGGAAAGCCGGCUGCCAUUUUGUUAACUGUACAAGAAGUGGUCUCUGACAGUUACCUGGAUGCCAUUAAUAGUUUACUCAUAUGUGGAGAGUACACAUCACUGUUUACCACUGAAGAAAUGAAUGAUUUACUCCAGGUUCUGGGGCCUGUUGUCCGGAGGAAACAUCCACACCUUGGAUAUGACCCAGCCAGGUACCUUGUUUCUCAAGUGAAGUCUCUCCUGAGGAUAAUGGUGUGCCUUCCUCCUAAUCACAUACUUCUGGAGACGGCAGCAAAGAAAUACCCAGGAUUUUUAAAUGGUUGCCAAAUAAUCUGGAUUGACAGCUGGUCAGAAGAUGUUAUUAAUGAAGAAGCAAAAUACUACAUAACACAGCACCAAAUUAUGGAGACGUUCACAGAGGAAAUUCGAGAAAAAGUUGCCUUGGCCAUUUCUUUGAUCCAUAGUUUUAUGCUUAAAGAAAGCAACCAGGUUCCAUGGGCUGAGGGAUACACAGCCAACCAAUCUGGAGACACUGAAAAGGAGAUUGAUGGGGCGGAAGAUAUAACGGGAGACAUAAUCACCAAUGAUUUCCCUUAUUGCAGAGAAAUUAUUCAGGAGAGGAUUAAGCUCCAGGAAACAACAGCAAAGCGUGAUUAUGUUUUCAUUGGACCAAGCACAUUGGAGAUAUUUUUGGAUAACUUUAAAUAUAUCUUUACAAGGAAAAGAGAAGAGCAGGAUAACGCCAUUGACCAAAUACAGUGUGCCAUUGAAACACUUGCUAGAACCAGAAGCGAUGCCAGAGAAACUGAAGAAAAGAUUACGGUACUCGAGAAAGACUACAGCAAAGCACAAGCUAAAGCAGCAGAUGUACUAAAUAAACUUAUCAGCAAGACUUCAAUCUUGGAAAGGCUUAAAGCAGAGUUAGGUGUGGGAGACAAGACUCUUCAGAUUUUCCUCUCCCAAAAUGAAAAUGAAUUUGACUGUCUUGAAGAGAACGAUGAUUUACUUAAAGAUGACGGUUCAGAUGAAUAUGAUGAUGCCUUUAACCGCAUGAAGGAAGCCAGUAAAACAUCCUACCUACAUCAAAUCUCACUGGUGAUCGACACAGCUACUAGUGAACUGGAAGAUGUCAGAAGCAACCUACAGAAUGCAAAGAGCCAGGUAAUGCACUGGUGCAGCAAAGUGGACAAAUCAUGCAUUGAGAGGCUUGUUCGGUGCCAAAACCCACCAUACCUUGUUGCACAGAUUCUCGAGAUGGCGUUGGUCAUGGUUGGCUGUCUCACGAGAGCUGAAAACACAAACGGCCUUCCCAAAUCUCCAGUACAAAUAUACGAAAGCUCUGAAAGUAGAGGUAGCAACAGAUUUCAAGCAAAACAAUCUACAUCAAAACGAGGUCUGCGGGAUCCAACGGAUAAGGUGGAUAGAGCCAGAUGGAAGAAUCUGCAGUGCCAAGUGGGGGAGAGCAGCAAGUUUGUUGAAAUGAUUAAUCAGAUCGCUAAACUUGAAGAUGGGCUUCCGGAUCAGACUCUAAAAGAAAUAGAGACAUACCUUGGAAAGGCUAAGGAAGGUUCCCACGGAGUAACUGGUGAAGGAUCCUUACUUGAAAAUGCUGCUCCUUAUGCCACACCCCAAUCCAUCACACCAGCUAAAAAAUAUUCCCACACUGAUAACAGUAAAACCAAAGAUAUGAAGAAAGGGGAGAUCACGAUUGCAGCUGCCAGAUACAGCUCAGAAGAUGCAGCUACCUUGGUGGCUUUUGUUGUUGCUGUUGUGGAGUACACUCGUCUCUGCGGUCCGUUAAAGGAAUGUCUGAAGAAGCUCUCAGAUCUGGAAAAAGAGAAGGGUGAUCUUGUUUUAAAGGAGACACAGUCUUCAAUGGUGAGCUCGUUCAAUGACAGUACUGAGGAAGAACCUAUGUGUUAUCAUCAAUCUAUGAGCACCCUUAAUGAAGAUGACAUUCUUGCUCUUCAGGCGGAGGUGGUGCAGCUCCAUGAAGAAUAUGACAGUGCUGUGAAUAUCAAGUACCAGCUGCAGGAGGAGCUCCAUUCACACCAGGAGAGCCUUCAGGCAGCGCUGGACAUGCUGGAACGAUUGAAAAUAAAAGAAAAGGAAUGGAAAGAAACCCUGGAGCAGAGUAACAUUUUGGAUCUUCUCACAAAUUGUGUCCUGGCAGCUGCAUUCCUCACCUACUGCUCCCCUCUUACUUCUGAUGGAAGGAACCGAGUGACAAGAUUGCUUUUCAAAGUUUGUGAAAGGUGCGGGCUUCCUAAUCCUCAGAAAAUAAUCCUGAAGCAUCUUCCCCUUAUGCAGUUUCUACACACUCCGGUAGAAAUUAAGAUGUUGGAAAAGAAAGGCCUUCCUGUAAACCCACUUGCUUUGGAUAAUUCCUGCAUUUUAACUAAUACACAGGCGAACAGAGCCUGGACUUUAAUCAGUGACCCCACCGGCCAAUCUAUUGAGUGGAUUAAAGGCCACCUUCCAGAGGAGACUGUGGAAGUCAUGUACCAGGAUCUCAGUUCAGAAAUGGAUACAUGUCUGAUAGAUGGACUUCCUCUCCUUUUGACGUACUGUGAUGUCCGAGCUUUGCCCCAUGAUGUCCGAUUUACCCAGGUUCUUAAUUCAAAAAGCGCAUUUCAACAACAUAAAGUUCCUUUCAAAAUGAUGGUUGCAGAACAUGAAGUAGAGUGUCACCCUGGCUUCCAACUGUACCUGCACACCAACUCCAGCCCAGACAUUAUACCCCCAGAAGUGGCUUCCUUCUGCAAUAUAUUAUACUUCUACCAGGACGGAGAUGGGCUUGUGGAACAGCUCUUGGAUAGAUUUGUACAGCAAGAAAAGCCCAGACUGCGUGAGGAACAGCUAUUGCUAAAAGAAGAGUGUGUUAACAACAUGGUAGAGCUGUCAGAUUUGGAUGGGAAAAUGUUAGCUACCUUGCAACAGAACGGCUCUCUUUUACACAACCUAUCUGUCACUAAGAGACUGGGGGACCUUAAACUGCAGCAUGAAGAAGCCACCGAAACGUACACAAAGAUCACCACUUCAGAACACAACUUGCUUCGUUCUCGUGAGGGGUUUCGGGAGAUAGCCGUGCGUGGUGCAGUUAUGUUUGACACAGCCAGAAAGCUCCAGAAGCUCAAUCCGAUAUAUGAUACCAGCUUCAGCCAGCUGAUAGGACUUUUUGAUCUGUCAAUCGCUCAUUCAGAAAGGUUUUCCAUCAAAGGGGUAGUGAGCUGCGUGACAAGCAACAUAUUCUCGUACCUAUCACGGUCAUUAUUAGAAGAAGACAGAAUGGUGUAUGCUUUGGUAGUAGCGUUUGAGGUGGAACGUUCCUUAGGACGAACAAAGCCUGGGGAGAGAGAGUUUGUCAUUUCUCCAGACUUCUGUGUCACUGUACUGCAGAGUCUGGGCUCUAAGGUGUCUGAAACACGACAACAAGCGAAGAAUCCAUUCGACUGGAUGACUGAAGAGCAGUUUAAAAAUGUACAGAUCCUAGCGAUGUAUUAUGACUGGUUUGGAGUCCUCUUUGACCGAAUGUACAAAGAUAGUAAAGAUCUUUCUUGGAAGACAUUCUGCGAGAGUGAGCAGCCAGAAAAUGUUUCCAAAGUGAAAUGGCCAGAAGGACUGGAGGAACUGAAUCCACUCCAGCGAUUAUUGGUUUUGCGGGCAGUACGUGUUGACAGAUUACUUCCAGCUGUUGCUAACUACGUCAGUGGAACCUUGGGUAAAAUGUACUCGGCAGAAGUCACUGUGGAUCUGCAGGCAUCUCUGGCAUGGAUGUCACCCUGUCACCCAGGCUUACUGAUCUAUGAUACAGAUAGCAAUAUGCCACGUGUGCUACUCCUGGAGUUUGCAAAGAAACUGGGCCAGAAAAUAACAUUUUUUCCAAUUAGUAUGCAAGAAGACAAAGAGGCAGACAAACUCAUCAAACACAGCAUGGCAGAGGGUCACUGGGUUCUUCUGGAAAAUGUACAAAACUCUACCAAGUUAAUAACCUCACUUGAAGAGAUUCUAAAAUCAGAUAAGAACCCAAACAAGAAUUUCCGCCUCUGGCUCUCUGUCCAAGCCAGUCCACAUUUGCCAGUACGAUUACUCCAUAGUACUGUGAAGACGUUUGUGAACAUGCCAAAGAAUAUAAAAGGUGGAAUUAUCCAUUCCUGGCAGUUUCUUUGCCAUGAUACACUGACAAUGAGUAGGCGUCCAGACUGGCCUGCUCUGCUCCAUAACUUUUGCUUUUUACACUGUGCAACCCGCCUGAGGACAUUAUUUGGCACCACAGCAGGAUGGAACUGCCCUGACGUCAUGCUGUUUGGAUGUACUGAAUUUCUGGACGGCCUACAGCUCCUAAAGAAUGCCUUCAAGGAGAGCGAACUCGAGUCAGGAGGAAGAAAUAUUUCGUGGACUGCUAUCAGAUCCCAACUGGCUGAAAUAAUUUAUGGAUGCAAUGUAUCAGAUGAGAGUGAUAUGUCAACAUUCACUGCAAUGGUUGACUACUGGAUUAGCUCAAACACAACAAAGAAGGACUGUGAGCUCACAAAGUUAAAAUACAAGAUUCCUCCAGCUUUCUUUAUGCCUGAUUCAAGUCCUGGUUCUCUGGCACAAGGUCUGGAGUCUAUUCCUCAGUUUUCACUGGAUUUUCCUGAGGCUUUUCAUAUGCAUUCAUCACCUAUGGUUCCCUUUGGUCAAGGGAGUUAUGUUGUCUCUAGACUUAAUCAGCUUCUUGAGUUUGGCCCUGAGCAUAAAAACUGUCUGCAUCCUACUGUAAAGACUACUCGGUCAUCUGCGAAAGGUGUCAAACCAGUUGCAAGUCCAAACUCUAGUAGCCUUCCUGUUGCCUUGCCACCAAGUAUCACCUCUACAAAUAUUAUUAUGGGAACAGUCAGAUUAUCUGAGGUGCAGAAGACCUGUACGUCCUUGCUGUCCAAAGUACCCAGAGGAUGGAGUAAGGAUUUUAUUACUGAUCGACUCAAAUCACUUGGAGGGGAUACACCAUUUAAUUUAUUCUUAAAAAGGGAGCUGGAUCAUCUCACAUCAUUACUGUCUGAAAUAAGAAGGGAUCUGCAUAAUAUAAAGGAUAUAUUAGAGUCACCGGACACUUUAGGGGACCAACUUUCCGACAUCGUCGUUACAAUCAUUCAGGAUUUGCAUAAUAAAAAAGCUCCCGCAUACUGGUGCAAGCUGGCCUGGAACUUUCCCCGGCCAUCUGAUUGCCCCGUCUCCUCUUGGAUCAGUGAUUUGCAGCAGAGGGUGACACACUUCGACAAGAUACUGCAAUUAGGUCGUGAAAAGAUGCCAACAUACUGGCUUGGAGCAUUUAAAAAUCCCAGAGGCCUGCUGUCUGUAUUAAAACAAGAAGCUAUCCGCAAAUAUUGUAAAAAAACAGGAGGUGCCGAGCCAAUGGAGUUUAAAACUGAAAUAACUCAGCGAGACAAAGAACAUAUUCGAGAUCCACCACAUGAGGGCAUGUUUGUAUACGGAAUCCACAUAUGGGGAGUAUUAUGGAAUAAAACUGAUGCAGAGGUUGUGGAUUCGCCCCCCAAGCAGACUCUAAAUACAUUACCGGUAAUCCAUCUACAGUGUCUCCCUAUGUCAGAGAAAUUGGGGAUCAGCGAUAACCCAAAAACAGAGACAUAUUUGUGUCCAGUCUACUUAUCCUCAACGUCUGCAAGAGAGCCGGUCUUUAAUCUAGACAUUCACAAAGUAAACAUAACCAGCUCUCGCUGGGCUCUUCGAGGCACAAAGGCAACGAUUCACCCGUUUUGAUAUACUCACGAUCGAGUAUAAAAAGAACCGAUUUGGAAUGGAAUACAAAUGGAAAUCUGGAACAGGACUACUGUUUUAUCUUAAUGCAUCCAUUCUGAAAGAUAUAUAUAACAAUACAUAUACAUUUAUGAGUAUACAACAAUGUCACGUUUAAUGAAGUGAGUGAAGGAAUAAAACGAUAAACACUUGUCAGAAUGAC